AUGGGAUCGUCCAUGAAUCGGCUGCUGGGUUGUCGUGUGUAUAGCAGCGCUGAAUGUGAUUCCACGACGGCGGCCGCGUCCGGGAAGGCAAGCCCGCCCUCCUUUCCGUCCGGCGCCGCAAAGUAUUUCACCCGCACGGGGCACACGGCCGUCGCGGUCUUGCUCAUUUCGUUCCUGCGUCGCCCGCCACCGCCCACCUUCCCGCCCGCCCGCUCGCCUUCGCCCCGCGCGCCGACCACCGACGCCGAGAUGGGCUCCCUCGGCGGCUACGUCUCCCCCUACGGCGUCUAUCUCGACCCGGAGCGCGUCUUCUUGCUCGUCAUCAACCGCCGGCCCCGGGACCUCUUCAACUACGUGCACUCCAUCCCCGGAGCGCCCGCGGACCUACGAUGCCGCCUCGUCGGCUUCGCCGAGAGGGCUCUCCAGGCGCCGCGGCUGGGAAACUGGUGGCCCGACGAGAGCUCGUGGACACUGUAUUGGGCCAUGUACGCGUGGGCUCACGCAGACGCAAUGCUUAACAGACUUUGUGCGCCUCAGAUAUCUGGUAAUCCAUCCAAUUUCGAUGCAGUGCCCAGAAAUGCUGCAAUGCUUAAUCAAUUGUAUGCUUCUAGCUCAAGCACUCCAACUGCAACGCUUUCUCCACAACAGGAAGAUGUGAUCAAUUUUCUGAUCUCACGUGCCAGACCGCUUAAUCGAACAUCUGCUUUUAACUGGGCAACUCAUACUUCAGAUUUUGCUCAACGGGGGACUGAUUCUACUCUUGCACUGGCAUUUGGAAACCUAUCUCUGGGCCAACCGGGAUCCCAGCAAAUGGCUCCACGGGAGCUGAUGCAGAACAGCUAUGGUACACCUGCAAUGAGAGUACCAUCUCUGCACCAACCUGGACCAGCGCAACUCACUCCACAGGGGAUGAUGCAGAACAGAGAAGUGCUGCCCGCAGUAGAUGUCAAAGGAAAGGGACCUGCAUUAGGAGUAGGCCAGCAAGACCUGCGGGUCCAUGUGGCUUGUUUGAUGGCAGAUGACGGCACUACAGGUGCUGCAGGGUUGUUGAUCAAGAGGGAAACAUGGCAGUUCAUCUGCGCGUUAUGUUUUCCGAUGCGGAGCACAGAGGAGACGGUUCUUUUUGCAGCUGCUUGUUGUGAAGGGAUCAAAGUUGCUCAGGCCUAUCAACCUACUAGCAUUGUACUGGAGUCCCAUCUAUUCCAUCUGGUCGACCUGCUACUUGGCGGCGCUCAUGCUCCCUGCCGAGAUAUGGAAGAGUUGACGACAUUACUGCAUCUCUCACAUUGCAGAGUGCAGCACAUCACGGAAGAUUCCAAUGGUGCUGCUCGUCGACUGGCCAUGCAUUGUUUGCUGUCAGAGGAGGCCGAGAUAUACUUCAGUGCUCCUGAUUGGCUUGUCCUUACUUAGCUGGUUGCCAAGAUCAGUUAUGUUAGUUACUCUGGUAUAGAGAAUGAUUCACAGACUACUCUAUAGGAAGUUAGAAAGAGGCGGUAAAUGCUGUAGAUGGCAACUGCAGGCUUGAUAGAGUUUAGAUGCAGAGGUUUGCGAGCAUUCAGCAAGUGUAGAUACAGCUGAAUAGCAUUCUUUCAGUGCCCAUGUGGGGAAAAACACAGGCAGCUGUGCCCGCAAUGGUACAUCGAUGAACUGUGUAACUGCUAGUUCUGAGUGCUGUGAUGUAAACUUGUGUAAGAGUAGGGCCACUGGGCCAGGCACUGAUUCUUGUAUGAGAUAGAAGAAAGGGUUUCAGUUUCA